CUUCACAAGAAUAUUUGCUUUGCAUAUAUAAAAUACAUUAUAAUAUAUAUAUAUAUAUAUAUAUAAUACCCAAAUCGAAGCCUUUUUUACUAGUAUUGUCUCUCUUUUCUUCUACUUAUCGAUAGAGGAACACACUCGUCUUUAUUCACGCGCAAUAUGAAUCCAGAGAAGAAAAGGCCUGCUAAUCUGGUUCCUCCUGCAAUGGAGCCUAGUGUUAGUACAGGCACCACUUCGUUUCGCAGAGACUAUGACGCCUUAUUAAAGGAAGUAUUGGAAGAAAGCUCAGAAGACGAAGAAGAUAUGCUCAAUCAGAUUGAUAUUGACCUGAAUGCUGCGACUGCCGAAUUACCAGAAGACUUGAGAGCUGCUUUGGAAGAUCGAUCUCUUGCUGAUAAAUACCUGGCUAACCUCAAGAAUUUUAUGAGUCACCGGAGGUCUCAGUCUAUCAACUCGGAUUUCUCAAUACCCAAUACACCGCUUCAAGCAACCUUUUCUAACCAACCUUUAUCACCCAAGCAAUUUGAACGUGCUCAGCCAGAUCCAUUGUCUAAAGUGCUUGAUGCUGUUCCAUACCAUACACGUCUUAUCAACGGUGUUCCUUCACUCACAAUUUUAGAGCAAAAGUUUCAUGCACUCCGAAUUCCCGAAUUGGAUUUACCUGUUGUGUCUGAUACUGUCAUUCAGACACGACUUAAUAACCUUUACAAGAUACGAGAAGAUUUAUAUAUCCAUUUAAACGGCGGUCCUCUUGUGAACAAUUCUACACAAAACAAUAUUGGCGAAAAGAAAAAGCAAAAAGUAUUGAAUUUACUAGAUGAAGUAUCUAAGGAAAUUGGUCUUUAUGAAGAAUUCAUAAAAAAAGCCAACUACCUUGAACUCGAAAACAUUCUGAAUGAGUCUGAUAAUUCAGAAGAAGAGUUAGGUGAAGAUUGCUCUGAUACAGCAGAAGUUGAUUCUAGUUUACUACACUUUGAUUCUCCUUCAGAGCUAUCAAAGACAUCUCCUGGAACACCAACAUUUUUAUCCUCUCCUGCUUCUUCUCAUCACAUUGGAUUUAACUCUCCAGUUAGCAGUCAGUUGUUAAGACAAAGAUUGGAGGCCUCUGGUGAUGAUUCUGCUUCUCAUCACUCAUCAUCAGAUUUCGCUGGUUCUAUGUUGAUUGAAAAUAGUGGAAAUGACAAUAUCGAACCUUGGGAAGCAUUCAAAUGGACACCACUUAUCAAAAUUUCAGAUCAACUCUAUUCUGAAGAAAUCAAAAGAGAAAGUGGACUGAUAUCAGUUAUGGCAGUGAGUGGAGUUAUUGCUAUUGGCACAACACGUAGUUUAGUAUUUGUUUAUGAUUAUUCGCAAAACCUAAAGUGCAUUUUGGGUGAUAGCACUCGAGCCAUUGAACUCGGUUCAGUCACUUCUUUGGCUGUUUCUGCAGAUCAUACCACCAUUGCAUGUGGGCAUUCUCAAGGCUACAUUGUUGUAUGGGAUAUUCGAAAACCCGCUUAUCCCAUUCGGACAAUCGACCCUAUUUCGGUUAACCAAGUUGCAGGUGCCAUAUCAACGCCUCAGCAACAAGUGCCGCGCAAAGAAGGUCAUGUUAAAGGUGCAUCUAUCCUUCAUAUUGGAUUUGUAAGUGUUAAGAAAUCAGAUAUUGUGUCGGGUGACGACCAAGGAAUGGCGUUUUAUCAUACCUUGUACAAAGUAAUCAUGGUGAACGCAGUUGAUACAACACGUAUUCUUGGUCGAUACCAAAACUUAUCCUUGACACCAGAAAUUCAACGUGCUCAGACUGUGGCAGCCAACGCUAGAAUGAGACUGCAGUCACCUUCUGUCUUGCCAAAACCCAGAAGACCCAGUACUGUUUUUGCUAUGCAACCAUUACCACUUGGACAGAUACCCCAUCCUGCCGAGAAUUUUGGCCUUGUUGCUUUACUGACACCAUACAAAAUGAUUAUUGUUGGAUUGAAACCUACUGUACAAACUCUUUACAAGUUCCUGAAAUCUAAAACAAUGCACUCACAAAACAACAAUACAGAUGAUAGAUCAAAAGCGAAUAUUGAACCUCUGUCUGGUUGUUUAGCAUGGCUACCAGUUCUUAAGACAGGGCAUAACAACGCCGCUAAGGAAGUCUCUAAAGGCAAAGAGCAACCACCCACUGGAGACCCUAUGCUUGCUUUUGCUUGGGGAAAUCAUCUCUUUAUUCUACGUGUCUGUGUCAAUCAUGAAAACAAACAGCCCGUAACAAACGGAAGAGUACCAAGAAUACCUACAACGCCGCCAAAGGUCAACAAAAAAGGUGUUACUUUGGAAUUUGUCAAGGUUGGAGAAUGGAAAUGUAAAGACGCUAUUGUAGGAAUACAAUGGAUUAAUCGACAAAUUCUUGUAUUGUUUACACCAAAUGAGGAGAUGAUCCUUUUUGAUCCCAAAAACAUGAAAGAGACUCAACACACGAGUAUUCGCAAUAAGCAACUUAUUUAUCACGAUUGGUUUAAUACACCGUUGAAAGACUUGGUUGUAGACGCAGCCAACUUGACAGUAGAUUCACCUGAGAAUUCAAAUGUGCUCAAGUCUGUAGAAAUGGCUUAUUUCAGUUCUAUUAAAGGUUAUAAAGGAAAGCUGUUUUUGUUGGGCAUGAAUCAAAUCUAUGUUGGUACCUUAUUAUCCUGGGCAGAUCGAAUCUUGGCUUUGGUUCAAGCAGGCGACUUCUUAGAGAGCAUUGAACUGGCUACUUCUUUCUACAACGGUAUUGGUAUUCAAACAGUCAUCGGCUUACCUGAAGAAGAAAAGGCACGCAAAGCUCUUGUGGGAGAGAAAUUGAUGGAUUUGUUGAUAGCUUCUCUCAAUUAUGCCUUUUCUUCAACACGUACUUAUGAAGGCAUGGCAAAUGAAAUCUCUGGUGGUGAAAUGGUCUUGUUUCGUGACCUGGCACAAGGCUGUGUUGAAGCUUGUUUGAGUAUGAACAAUACAGACUUCCUAUUUGAUGUAGUCUAUGAGUGUUUUGCAGAUAAUAAGGUGAAGGGCGUCUUUUUAGAAGUAUUGGAGCCUUGUAUCGUUCAGGACCGUAUACCUGACGUACCACCAUCUAUCAUGAAAGAUUUGGUUGAUCACUACAGCAAAAAGCGCUUGUUGGAUGAACUGGAGCAAGUUAUUUGGCAUGUCAAUCCACGUCAUUUAGACAUUGACCAAGUUGUAAGCAUGUGCCAUCGUGAAGGCAUGUACGAAGCCAUGAUGUAUGUCUGGAACAAGAGCAUGCAUGACUAUGUUAGCCCAGUAGUAGAGAUGCUUAAAAUAAUUCGAACUGUUCUUCGUAAUGAUGUUGAUAGCCCGCAACAAUUACAAGUUCGUCAAAAUGCUGAGAAGUUAUUUGACUAUCUCAAGCUUAUUUUGACAGGAAGAUCAUUCCCUGAAGGAUCUGCUAUUUUGGAUCCAGAUGAAGCAAGUGAUGCUCGAAGUGCUGUCUAUUCAUUUGUGUUUUCGGGUCGUUGUGUGAUUUGGCCACCUGUAGGGGGCAAAUUGGUAUUGACAGCAGAUGAAGACGAAGGCGUUUCAGAACCUACCUAUCCUUACUUGCGAUUGCUACUUCGAUUUAGCACAAAAAAGUUUUUGGAGGCCUUAGAAACUGCAUUUGAAGAUCCAUGGCUCAAUGGUGGUGAAGACAUAUUGAGCUCAAGGUUUGAAGAUGAAGUGCCUGGUAAAGUAAUUUCUCGACAAAUCAUUGUCAAUACCUUGCUGGAUGUCAUGGGUGGUGGCUCCACCGGCAAUAGUCUACCACUACCACCUCCACGCCCAAAGCAAUCCAUUUCAGCAUCAACAGUACAAUCAUUCAGCACAAACCGUCCAAAUUUACAUAUCACUGUGCCUUCUUCAUCUAUGUCUCAUGGAGAACACUAUCUCUCUUCUACUUAUGACUACAUCUCAAAUGAAAAUAUCAUUCUGCUCUAUAUAUUCAUUGCAUCCAAUCUCCAUAUGUAUACCACAUUCAUCUUGCUACCGCCCAAGACAUUACACAAAGUCCUUAUUAGACUAGCCGAAGACCAUGACCCCGAUACCCGUAUUGAACGUGAAAAGGCUGUACAGAAUUUAUUGACUGUCUUUACACCUGCAAAUCAAGAGCAAAUAGUAGGAUUAUAUGAAGAAGCAGGGUUUUGGAAAGUGCUAGAAGAUGUUUAUCGUCGUGAUAAGAAAUAUGGCAAGCUGGUAGAGGCCUAUCUUAAGGAUGAUGACUGUCGUGAAAUGGUCUUUGACUGUGUUGAGAACUUACUUGGUUCUAAUGACUUGAAAGAUAGACAAAAAGAUGAGGUUAAGCGCGUGUUUAUGAUUCGAAUCUCUCAAUUUGUUGAGACGGAUGGUCAAAAGACAGCUUAUAUUGUCGAGAACUUUUUAAACGGUGACCAUGCUGAUGCUAUUCGUCGACUGGAAGAAGAUCAAGAAUUUGACGAUGAAGAAAAUCAUGUUACUGCCGACAAACGUUUGUUUUCUUAUUUGCGAGGCUUAUUGGAGCCUUAUGAAGAAGAAGAGGAUAACGAUAAUGAACUGCAUCAAGGUCUUAUUAAAGAAACACAAAUACCUCAUGUGGAUGGCUCCAUUCAAGAGCGUUAUAUUGAACUCAUGUGUCGCUUUGAUCCUUCCGGCGUUUUUAACUACUUCAACACCAGGCUGAAUGACAAUGUGUCAUUGGAGAAGGUGCAAAAGUAUUGUGAAGAAUACGGUGUGAUAGACGCAGUAGUUUGGAUCAUGGAGAAGAACGGCAAUACUCAAGGAGCUUUAGAGAGGAUGUUGGGAGUUGCCAAAGACAAGAACAGCACUAUUCUUUCUAUUUUGAAGGAGCAUCAACAAUCUGAUGCUAACUGGACCUUUGAAGAACAAAAUACAAUCAACAGCUGUCUAAUUGGCCUGAAUGGUGUCUUGCGAGUUAGCACAAGACUUUGUGAGAGUAGUAGCAGAUCAAGUACAGCCACUUAUCAAACUGGAAUUGAAGACAAUGAAGAAGAAAACAUGCCUGAACUAAGUCGUGGAGGAGAAGACAGUUCUGUUGGUGAUGAAUCUAUUGGUAAUCAUGAAGAAGACUUUACCCAAAAUGAUCAAGUGGAGACACUCUGGUUUCGUUUAUUGGACGCUUAUGUUGAAGCCUCUAUUGAUAUGUACAAUGCUUUGGGUACACCUGACAAUGCCAAAAGUACAGCACCUGCUGAAAUCCGCCACCGCAUCAUUACAUCCUUCAAAUCUUUUGUACAGUCCAUUUUAACAUCUCUUUUGUUGUCUACAUCACCGCAAGUCUCUCUACCUCGUCUCUUGUUACGAUUGAUUCAUUCUCAGGCAAGAGGUGACACAACAUUUGCUGAUUUCCGCGACAUUUUUCUUAGUAUGCUCGAUACUUACAAAUACGAAGGCAAACUGUUAGAAAUGACCAAUCGGCUUUUUGACCGUGACUUGUUUGAUAGCUUACAAGAUAUGGUGACAAAGCGUAGUAAAGGCUGGAGACCUGAUAGAGCUGUUUGUGAAAUUUGUGGUGCAAAUAUCUUAGACUUGGGCCUAUUGCAUCCUCCUUUAGCUUGGGGAUUUGAUGAGGAAGAAGAAAAGAAUCACUCAAGCAGCUCAGAAGGUGAAACUCGCCCUAAUGAGACUAUUGCUGUUCAAAAGAGAUACGUUUUGUUCCGCUGUGGACAUGGAUUCCACACUGAAUGCUUAGAAAGACAGUUAGGGACUGAACAAGAGUGUAUUGUUUGUCAACAUGGUAAUCCUCAAGCAAAACCUGUACUUCCGCCUAUUGCAUCUGCUAUUUCAGCAGAAGAAACUGCUACUACAACUACAGCUGCUACGAAAAGCUCAAAAGGCAAAGAAAGAGCCGCUUGAUAUCUAUACUGUGAUUAUUUAAAAUAAAUUUAAUUGAAUACCAAAACAAACAUAAUGUAGAAUCCUUUUUGCAUUAUGGAAUAAAAGGAAAAUGUUCUCUCACCAAAAACCAGAACCUGUUGCGGUUAACUCUGAGAC